AUGGCCUGUUUUCCGAUGGGAAACGGUGGUUUCCCGACCCGGCGCGAGAUAGGGACCAAUCGACCGAGGAUUGGACAACUCAAACGAAAACUCGAGACCCUCCCCGCUACACCAAUAUUGGGUCGUGAGGACCGCGGGGAUAUUACUCACAAGGUUCCCGGUGAGGUCAUUUGGUCCACAAUUCAUGCGUGCGCAGGUAGUCCGUCAUUGGAAGAGGCGAGACCACAGGGCUAG